AUGGAUGAUCUGCCAGAUGGUGACGGGCAAUCUGAUACACACUCUACUGAUGCAAAUUGGCUGUCCUCACAUGAAGAGCAUAAGUUCCAAUCCAUUUCCUUGGCUAAGCAGGACCACAAUUCGGAUUUGGCAGAUUCUUCUCUUAACUGUAUGAAAGGUGACCAUUCAUUUUGCGCUUCUCAGGAAUUAUGGUCUACUGGAUUUCUAUCGAGUCCAAUACCCAAUGGAUUUUACUCAAUUAUACCGGAUAAGAAACUGAAGGAGUGUUUUGACGCCAUUCCUUCUCCUGAUGAUCUAUAUUCCCUUGGAAUAGAGGGCUUCAAGGCUGAGAUAAUUCUUGUGGACUUGGAGAAGGAUAAAAAGCUAUCUGCGAUAAGGCAGCUAUGUGUAGCUCUGGUAAAAGGAUUGAGUUCUAACCCAGCCGCAAUGAUAAAAAAGCUUGCAGGUUUGGUUUGUGACUUCUAUAAGCGACCAAACCCACAGCUCAGCCCUGCAAGAACUUCUUCUGAAGAAAUUUUUCAUUUCAUGGAAAACAAGGGAAUUCAAUUGUUGGGGCAGAUACGACAUGGAUCUUGUCGGCCCAGAGCAAUUUUAUUUAAAGUCCUUGCUGACUCUGUUGGUAUAGAUUCUAAGCUGUUGGUGGGCAUUUCAGAUGAAGAAUCUCAUGAACGCGAUGACUCACCCAAACAUAUGUCUGUUGUUGUUAUGCUGAAGUCCAUGGAGUUUCUCGUUGAUCUAAUGCGUUUUCCAGGACAACUAAUUCCAUUCUCAUCCAAAGCUAUAAUCACAUCCCAUAUAUCUGCUGCUGGAGAGAGUGACUCUGCUGACUAUGAUUCUUGUGAUUCUCCUCUUGAACCGAAUAGUCCUUUGUGCUCUCAACGGCAAGAGCAAGAUGAAAACAAUAGGUCAUUUAAAGUUCCGUCCCUAAGAGACAUCAUGCGCCGAACUUCAAACUCUAUGGAGGGCAAAUUGAGAUGUUCAUCACAUAGUGAACCAAAUGUUGCAAAUGCCUUAUGUGGACGCCGUGGGAGGAAAGCUAAUGAACAUCAAAGAACUGCCAGUUCAAGAAGGAGCAAACAAAGAGAAGACUCAGGAAUGCAAAGUUUGUUAGCUCUCAUAAGUCCAGACCAUCCAUUGUCCAGAGCACAUGGACGCUCAAACUUGGGUGAUAGACAGUACGGAGAUGGUGUAGCUGUAUCAAGGUCAGAUGGUGCAUCAACGUCAAGUGCGCGGAGAGGACGUCCAAAAAGUAUGAGUACAUCCCCUGAAAUUGGUGAUGACUUUGCGAGGGCAGUUAAAGAAAUGAGUGAAAGCAUGAGGAAAAAUCGCCAUUCAAGGGCACAUAAUGAUGGUAGUCCAGGACAUUCAAAUGAUUCACAGAGAAAAGAGGAAUCAGUAGGUGACCUCAACGAUGAUGAGGUGUCAGUAAGAGAACCAAAUGUUCAGGAGGGUUCAAGAAGGCACAUUAUUACUCAGAAGGCAUUGUCAUUACCUUCAUCACCGCAUCGGUUAGGUAACCAUGGUUCUAAUCUUAGAGAGCCAGCUGACUUCCUUACAGCAGAAGAUCUGAUGUCCACUUGGAAUAAAGCAUUGCAAUCUUCACCAUUUCUGAACAAGCCAUUAUUGCCUUUUGAAGAAUGGCAUAUUGGGUUCUCAGAGAUUGCUGUUGGCACUCGUGUUGGAAUAGGUUUUUUUGGGGAAGUUUUCCGUGGUAUCUGGAAUGGAACAGAUGUAGCUAUAAAAGUAUUUCUGGAGCAAGAUUUAACAAUGGAGAAUAUGGAAGAUUUCUGCAAUGAGAUCUCUAUACUUAGCCGUCUCCGACAUCCCAAUGUCAUAUUGUUCCUUGGUGCAUGUAUGAAGCCUCCUCACUUAUCCCUAGUCACUGAAUAUAUGGAAAUGGGUUCCUUGUACUAUUUGAUUCACACAAGUGGCCAGAAAAGUAAGAUCAGUUGGCGAAGGAGGCUAAAAAUGCUCCGUGAUAUCUGUAGGGGUCUUAUGUGUAUGCACCGUCUGAAGAUAGUUCAUCGUGAUCUAAAGAGUGCGAAUUGCCUUGUUAACAAGCACUGGACAGUCAAGUUAUGUGAUUUUGGGCUCUCUCGGUUAUUGUCGAAUUCUGCAAUGAGUGACAACUCAUCUGCAGGCACUCCAGAGUGGAUGGCUCCUGAGCUUAUUCGUAACGAACCAUUUACAGAAAAGUGUGAUAUCUUUAGCCUUGGAGUUAUCAUGUGGGAGCUUUGCACUCUGAGUAGGCCCUGGGCAGGAAAGCCGCCAGUUCAGGUUGUUUACUCUGUUGCGAACGAAGGGGCAAGAUUGGAAAUACCAGAUGGACCUCUGGGUAACUUGAUAGCAGAUUGCUGGACAGAACCGGAGAAGCGACCAAGCUGCCAGGAGAUCCUGACCCGUUUGCUUGAUUGCGAGUACACCUUAUGUUGA